AUGUAUGGCCGCAGCGUCCAGGACUGUGCGUACACGGCCUCGAUCGGCAUGAUUGCGCAGGGCCAGAAUGACUUCGCCGCAAACGGCCGUAUCUGGCUCGGCCUUCUUGCUCCCCACGACAGAGGACGCGGUCUGGGUCUCGGUUGCGAAUGUCUGCGGCCAAUCAAGAUGAGCGCCGUCGAACAGAAACCUUCGGAGCAGCCUGCGCCCACAACGGUUGCUCCCGACACCGUCUCCACUCCCGAACCUGCUGUUGCUGCUGCUGCAGACAACGCCACCGCCGCUCCGGCACCUUCGGAAACCCCGGCAACUCCGGCUGCUCCGGCCGCUCCCGACGCAUCGGGUGCCCAGGACACUCCGGCCACUGCCGGAGCCGACUCGGAAGUCCCGGCCCCCACCGAGACUAAAGAACUUGUUGAGACGAAGGAACCUGCUGAGAAGAAGGAACCUGCCGAGACGAAGGAGGCCCCCGUCGAGAAGGCACCCGUUGACGAUAAAACGCCCAUCACCCAACUGUGGGCCACCGCAAAGGCCACUGGCCACCCUGAGAUUUGGGGCGUGACGCUCGCCGACCCUGAGACUCACGUGCCGACUCGGAUCAUUUUGCAGAAGUACCUCAAUGCCAACGACGCCGACCUGGACAAGGCCAAGGACCAGCUCACUAAGACCCUCGAGUGGCGGGCCAAGACCAAGCCUCUGGAGCUCGUCAAGAAGGCCUUCAGCAAGACCAAGUUCGACGGCCUGGGUUAUGUCACCAAGUACGUGCAGGAUGGCUCCACCGAGCCCGAGGCCAAGGAGGUGUUCACCUGGAACAUCUACGGCGGCGUCAAGUCGAUUGACGAGACCUUUGGAAAGCUGGAAGAGUUCCUCGACUGGCGAGUGGCACUGAUGGAGCUCGCGUUACAGGAACUGGACCUCGCGUCGGCGACUAAGCUCAUCACGGCCGAGUACGACCCGUACAAGAUCUUCCAGGUGCACGACUACAAGUCCAUCAGCUUCCUGCGCCAGUCGCCACAGGUCAAGUCGGCCAGCGCCGAGACCAUCAAGGUGUUCGCGCAGAACUACCCGGAGCUGCUCAAGGAGAAGUUCUUCGUCAACGUCCCCGCCAUCAUGGGCUUCGUCUACGCGUUCAUGAAGCUCUUCGUCGCCCCCAAGACCAUCAAGAAGUUCCACCCCAUGUCCAACGGCGGCAGCCUGGCUGUCGAGUUUGCCGACAGCAAGGUAGCUGCGCUGGGGGAGAAGCUGCCGGCCAACUACGGCGGCAAGGGUGCCGAAUUAGAGGAGCAGGGUAAGGGGCCGUUGCUUGAGUAG